UUAAUUACGAAACUUUUCAAUAUUAUGGUGAUUUUUUUGUGCGCACAACAUGAAUUGAUUAAAAUAAACGCAUAUGAUCCAAAUGAUACCAAAAUAGUUGAGUGUUGCCUUCCACCUGCUGGAAUGUUUGAGGCCUUCUAUCCUCGUGAAGUGGAGGGCAUACCAAACAGUGCUUCUCGGCCAGCUCACGGGCAUGGCAGCUUCUUCAAGCAUCGAAAUCCCGCACUGGUGGACACCAAAAAUGCCGCCGCCUAUGGCUACCGCUUUGAUGGAAAGCGGCGCUUCAAUUUUGAUUAGUUUGUAAGGUGUUC